CUGUUGGUAAAAGUAGCGGUCAUUCAUCAUGUCCGUCAACAGAUUUAUGUGCGAAAACCUGUAAAUAUACUGUAAAGUUAGGAUCAAAGAUGGCUGACGGAUGCUCAUCAUGUGCAUGUGAAAAAUCUCAAUUGACAACAGAAGAGGCUCCAAAGCAGAUUUUAUGUGAUGAGGUAGUAAAAUGUAUGAUGUCCUGUACGGAAGGUUAUAAACUACAGUCUGGCAGGGAAGGAGCCUGUCCUAUCUGUAGCUGUCAACAACCUCCAACACCAGCCCCUACAAUGACAGCAAUGAAGAACAUUCUGUCGUGUACAGAGAGAACCGUCCACUGCAUGAAGUCCUGUAAACAUGGAUACCACAUGUUGAGUUCUGUAAACGGGGAAUGUCCCCGAUGUAGUUGUUUGCCACCUCCGACAUCAGCACCAACUCCUAAACCUGGUAUAUACUCUGUACUUAGACAAUGUCCAGAGACCGUACACUGUAUGACAACCUGUAGUACCGGAUACUCCUUAGAAGGUGGAUCAUCUGGCUGUCCAAAGUGCACAUGUAACCAAGCUCAAGUUGUGGCGUUCAUGUGUAAUUCGGCUCUAUCUUGUCCUAGAGGUUGUCAGCUUGGAUACAAAUGUGGAGAUAAUGGCUGCCCAACGUGUUCAUGUGUAGAAGCUACGGAACUAGGACUUGCACACAGAGUCACCUACAUUCAGUCUUCAUUAAAAUGUAGCGCACAUUUUAGUUGUGUGAGUAAAUGUCAGUUUGGAUAUAAGACGGGAGAGAAUGGCUGUCCGACGUGCAGAUGUUUACAACAUAUUUCAGAAAAACAACAUAUAACAGUAGCUGAUAAAUGUCCAGAAGCUACAAGAUGCAGUGAGAUGUGCCCUGAUGGAUAUACAUUAAAGACUGUAGUCGGUAGAGAAUGCCCUGUAUGUCAGUGUGUCAGAAUUAUAACGGAGAGUUUCAAUAAGAAAGUGGAUAGUUGUACUGGUCCAGAAUGCCCUUCAGGACCAGUUCAUCAUUCAUCGAUGAAAGAAAGGUGUCCUGAUACUUUUAGAUGUGAUGAAAUAUGCGACCAUGGGUUUUCCUUACGGACAGUGUCCAGCCAAGAAUGUCCCGUCUGUCAGUGUGCUGUUGUUACAGACAGGGGAUCCGUGACGAAAAGUCAAUUCGCAUCCAGUAAAGGAAAGAACGUUAUAUCUGGUAGCGAAUUAUCACAUAGUACUAUAGUCAGUGGUAAACUGGGAACACAUAAUUCAGGCGGAAGUACAAUAAUGAAUGGACCGUCAGGAAGCAUGUCUUAUCACGAGUCAUUAACAGGUCAUGUACCAUUAGCUGGGCGCAUCAAUGGGGAAAAUUUACAUCAAUCAGUUUCGCAUAAUUUACCAUUACCAGGAGAUUUAACUGAUAGGAACUGUAUAGGGCCUACAUGUUCUGCCAAAAACGGAAUGCAUAAAGGAACGACGACACAUACUCAGCAUAGCCAAUGUGCUGAUAUAUUGACUUGUGUAGUGUCAUGUAAACAUGGAUAUAAACUUGGUCCCAAAGGAUCUGAUGGUUGUCCCUCCUGUACAUGUUUAAAAUAAACUUGUUCCCAACGGA